AUGAUCGAUUGCUCGAAGGCUGCUGGGGACACAGCUCGACAACCGACCACGGCGCUACGACGGUCUAGCUCGAUAGCGCACCUGGAGACACUGAUGGAGCCCGCGGCCGUCGGAAGCGCAAUGAGCUUGCAGGCUCGUCUCGUCUGGUCGUCAGGCGCCAGCGCUUCGCAGCGCGUAUGGGCACGGCUCCCCAAGGGCUCUUCUCUGACUCAGCUAGGGUUGCAUGCGCAUACAAGGUAG